AUCAAAAUACUUGCUCCGAAGUUCUUAAGCACCUCUCAUUACGCAACGAAGGAGUUCACAAGAAUGAGCAAGGCACUCCUUAGACUUCUUCGAUGGAGCGCCAUUUUCGCGAAGGCUUCUCUGUACCAUUGGGCGUCUUUUUUUAUAAUAGAUCUAAAUGUUGUCGUGGAUAAUGUACUGUCCGAGCGCUUGAAAAAAGAAGGCACAACAGAAAUGGAACAUACGGAGCUGCUCAUAAAGAAGGUCAAUGAACUGCUCAGGCAACUUGUACCUCCUGGAUCUAUAAACCUAACAAAAAUUGUAGUAAAUACAGCGGAAAACGAUUCAGCCUACUUUGCUCUAUGGAAUGAUGGGAAAGUAAAAAGCGAAAAGACACUGCGGGAUUUCAUCACAUACAUAAACAAGUGCACGCAGUUGUGGAACACAGAUUUUGUGACGCUGCUAACGGGGUGA